GGCUUCACUCGGCAGCCACACUCGACAUGUCUUGAGCACGAAUGUAACCCUAAAUUUAAGGAUUUCUCUCGGACUAUGGACAUAAUUUGUUACCUGCUAGUUAUAGCUGUGCUUAGCAUCAAGGCGCAUGAAACUUAUGCUCAAUGUUUACGCGGAUGCAGCUGUGUAGAAGACCGUCAUGGAAGGUCGCUCAUAUGUAUGGAGGAGAGCGCGUUUGGUGCCAUACCAGAGAACCUUCCAGAUGAUAUGACCAAGAUCCGAAUAGAAAAAUGUCACUUGACUGAAAUACCCAGAGGGGCAUUCUCAAACACGCCUGCAUUAGAGAACCUGUGGUUGAACUUCAAUGACAUCACAGUGAUAAACUCAAAGAGUCUGGAGGGUUUGGGGAACUUGACCGAGCUCCGUCUGCAGGGGAACAAGCUCCGCUCAGUACCAUGGACAGCGUUCGAGGACACGCCGGGUCUGAAGAUCCUGGACCUGAAGCACAAUCAGCUGGAUGUCCUGCCGGAGCAUGCCUUAAAAUAUUUGCCGGGUCUGACUUACUUAGACUUAUCUUUCAAUCGGCUUACGGUCAUAUCGAAGGAGGUUUUUCAAAACUGGCCUCUCUAUCAAAAACUACAGAGCACGGAGGAGCGGGAUGCGAGUGCUUUAGGGCCGAACAUCGUGCUCGCUCUGCACGACAACGCAUGGCUGUGCGAUUGCCGCCUGAAGGGCUUUGUGGAGUUCAUAAAGUCUCUGAGCCCCCCGAUUAUAUUGAUGAACUCCUACUUGACCUGUUCAGGUCCGGACUUUAGGGAGGGAAAAUUCUUCCAUGAGGUCGAGCUGAAGGCGUGCGUGAGGCCCAUCGUCACCACCCCGUCCUCCAACAUCAGGCUACCUCAGGGGACCAACCUCACCCUGCGCUGCCUCGCCAAGGCCAGGCCAGACCCUGCAGUGUGGUGGACAUAUGGUCUGAAGAUAAUCAGAGGAUUUCAUGAGUCUCAGGAACGAGUGGAUGAAGAAACCAUCAGAUCCCUCCUUUUGAUCCCAUCCCUCCAUAAAACUGAUCGUGGUGUCUACACCUGCAAUGCUAUCAACUUCAUUGGAAACUCCUCUGUCACCAUCUUCCUGGACGUCCCCUCUCAAGAUGGCUCCCAGUCAUCACUCCUCCCUGGAAACCCUGCUCCACCUGCGGCUGGUGAUGAAAAUGUCUACAUUGACAUCCGUAUUGCCAAACAGACAGUACGUGGUAUCACCAUCGAGUGGCACGCUGCUUUAGACCACCCAACUGAAACCUGGUUCACCAUCCACUUUGGCCGCACAGGUACUGAUAAGAAGGAGAUGAUCUACAUUGGCCCUGGGAUUCAUUCAUACUCUGUCUCUGAUCUGAUGCCUGCAACCAAAUAUGACAUCUGUGUAACCCUUAAGAACCAGGCACCCCGUCCCGGGCAGUGCAUUGUGUUUGUUACAGGAAGUGACAUUACUGAAAUGGAACAGAGGGAGAAGCUGAUUCAUAUAGUGGUGAUAGUUUUAGCCAUGGUGCUGGCUGUGCCUAUAGGUAUGUAUGCCUGCACCACUGAUGGUAAGUGUUCCCGACUGGAGGACAUCAUGGAGUCCUGGAAGAACAGGCGGAGGGAAGGCAACUCAUCUGGGAUGGAGCGAGAGAGGCAGGGCACCUUCGACAGCCUGCAGGCCGCCAGCGACGAGGGCUUGGUCAAUAAAGAAUCCAGCGAAGACAAGAAGGUGAGGAGGAGGUCAGAAGACAGGCAGCAUAAAGGCAAAGCUGACCACACCAGAGUCACAGCGGAACUUUAUUAAAUUACUACCAACAAGGCAAAACUAAUAACUGACCUUGCAAUAGACCAAUGUUUUACUGUGCAUCAAUUUUUUUGGGAAAGUCAAAUAUAAAAGUAUAUAUUCUAUAUACAUAUCGUACAAUAUUCGGCAGAAUGACCAUGUUCUAUUCCUUGGUUUUAAUAUCAUCUCUUCCUUUGUUUUAGGCCGAGAAGAGCUUUCAAAGAUGUGAAUGAUGGCCGUUAUGUCGUGAGUGUAAUUCAAGGACUUUCCCCACGGUUUGCAAACGAUUUCCUGUCUGAAAUACAUUGUUUUGUCAGACAUGUUUCAUUGUUAUUUACUGUAAAUGACACAUUUAAAACUGCUGCUUUAUAUGAAACCUUUGUGAUUGUUUUGAUUGGAAGAAAGCUCGUAUUUGCUUCUCCCAAAUACAAUUUUUUAUUUUAGCAGUGCAUACAUUAUCUUAUUGUAAAUUGUCUUACCACUUUAAUAAUAUGUCAUCCAUUUAUGUAUGUGAUGUCAAACAUAUUUUAUUUACGCAUUUUUUUUUGGUCCAAUAUUGUUGAUUAAGUUGCCAUUUUUGUACUGUUACAUGAUCUGGAACAAAGAAAUCGAUUACAUUUUAAAUCUAUUGUUGAUGUAAUUUGGUAAAUAAACAAUAUGAAAUGUUCCAAGCUUCUUAUUCUAAAUGAAAUUCUUCAUAUUUGUUCAUAGUCAAGUUAAAAGGGUAACAUUGCAUUAGAAUGAAAUUGAUUUUAAUUCACUUUGAUUCAG